AUGGAACUGCUACUUUUAUAUGUUACAAUUUUGCUUUUGAACAUGUCUGCUUUUUCAUCGGGAAUUAUAUAUAAUAAUGAAGUUGAUGCCCUGAACAACUUUGAUUGUGCCACCCAAGGAUUACCCUCAAAGGAUGAAAUAAUCAAGUUGUAUCUCACCUCAGAGGACUUGAGAAUCGAGUGUGCUUUCCAAUCUGACAUUAACUUCCCUUCCAAGGACUUUCUAAGCGUGUUCACAUCAGGAGGAGUUACUCCCAGCUUGAGAAUCAUAAAUAGUACAUUUUCCGGCAUCUUCCACUUUCAUUUAAAGCUGUUCAGUGAUCAAGUUUACUGGUUGAUUGAUAUUCCCAGAGAAAACAUUGCAACAAAUACAGAUAUUGCAGCUGUAGAAGAAUGGGUAGUAAGAAUUUCUUUGCAACAUGAAUUAAAUUCUUAUACUACUGAAGGAACAUUACUGGAUAAAGUUCGAGAGCCCAUUCUUCAGUGGAACCUUGGGACUGUCAUAACAAAAGACAACAUCGAAAAGCUAUUUCCCCAGCUGGCUGACCUGGUAGCCACAAAAUGCCCCUGCGCCAACGACGUGGCAUUGCUUGGCUUCCUUCUGAACCCGGCACUUAACGGUGUUUACUUAGGCCUCACCUUUUCCGGAUUUUGGCAUUAUGAUGAUACCACCUGGUAUAACCUGACAGACAUGAUCUAUUCCAAAAUUGGAGAAGAACAUACACAGCUUUCAGUGGUGGAUAUGGUCUUAACAAAUCAUUUCUUAGUUAUCCUCACCUCGUUGGGACUUUUUAUAAGUGGAGAUCUUCGUUAUCCAUCAACCCCUAUUCUAAAGUUUUCAAGGGCAGACUUUUGUGGUUUUGAAAGGGAAGACUAUGUCAAAGGAAAACUGUGGUAUAAUGAAAGAUGUUUUGCUAACAGAGAACACUUUGAAGUUGACUAUAUUACUGUCACCUUUGAGAGAAACAGGACUUUAAGUGAGUCAAGCUCUUGUUUUUACAGUAAAGAGCCAUUUCUUAAAUGGUUGGCUUGCUUACCUCACCUUGAAAACAAAACGAGAACCGCCAAUCCAACUGUAGUAACAUUCCUGGUUGACCAAGAGCAUAAUUCUGGAAUCUAUCUCUUACAUAACAAGAAAGAGACAACUGCCUCUGUACACAUCCUAGAAAAUAAAAAACCAAGAGUAAGACGAAAAUUUCCACUUUUCACCUUUCCUUCAUCAUUCUCUUCUCCUGUUGGGAUGAAAUUCCAUCCACGGAGCCAUUUUCUGUAUGCCUACGGCAAUCAGAUAUGGCUUUCAAUAGAUGGUGCCAACACGUUUGAUCUGUUAGCGGACUUUCACGAUGAUGUCAUAAAGAAUGCUUACCACAGUUUCUAUAAUUCCGAGAUCACCUUUGUUUCCCAACGUGGAAAGGUUUACUUGACGAAAGCAGGAUUACUAAGAUAUAGUGAAAUUGGAUCAAUUACUGAUAAAAUUUUCACAUUAUACUAUGACCACAUGGGAUUCAUACAUAAACUGACUCCGGGUCGUUUUGAAGCUAAUGACAAUUCUAACAGUAUUUUUGGAAAGGCUGCUGAUAUGGGCUUUGAGACUGCACUGGCCCCAGAGUUUAUUACCCUGAAUGAGGUUAUCUUUUAUGCCUACGUGCCUGCGAAUGAAUCCCAGGACACUGUCCACACCAAGAAAUUCAGCAACAUUCACCUGGGAAAAGUGAUCAGCUCCAGGAAAACUGGACAUGCUUACAUAAGGAAGUUAUUGCAACACAACAUUCCUGAAGGGUUUUUGUCUGCAGUUAUUGCAGAAGUAAUCGAUCCUUUUGAUGUAGAAGAUGUGAAUGAGAGCUCCUGUUUGUCUAGUUCCCUUUCCAUUAAUCAAGAAGGAAAAUUCUAUAAACUUACUCUUCAAACACAAACUGUUGUUUCUUCAUUUCAAGAUUCGGAUAUAGAGAAGACGGUGCUGCUUCCUGGUCACAGCAGCUUCCUGAUCACAAGCAUUGUAGAUAACAAAACUGCUCUAGCUAUUGCCACCAUGCCUGGAAGAGUUCCCAACGGCAAGACUUUUGUAACAGAGUCCUGGUUCUUAUAUGACUUUAGAGAAAGGGAUGGACGAAAAUGGAAUAUAUACGCAAAACCAUGUAAUUAUUGGUUUCAGCAACAUGAUGAUUCACUAUCCCUCAGUGUCCUGAAAUACAUUGAUCUGGGGAAAUCUCAGACCUUAGAAGUUAAGGUCAUACCUAAUACUAAAGGUGCUCGUACACUUGAAGCACCACUACUGAAAGUAAUUGUUGGAAAUCCAAAUUUGUUGGAUGUUACAGCUAAAGGCUCUUUUGACGAUACUGAUAGAUUCUUAAUGGAAAUUUCUGCAGCUAGCACAGCUUUGCAUCAAGGUUCAACUUCACUGGCACUUAUUAUCUGGGGAGCAUCCACUGACUGCUUCGUUACAACAUUUAUACCUACAUUGAAAAGCAGCUGUAGUUAUCUCAAGUCUUUACACCACAUUCCUAGCAUAGUUAUCCCAUUGGAAAACUGGAUCAGUGGGAGCUACUUGGACAGUCAUGAUUUUAAUAUGAUCAAAACUUUGCCGAUAAACUACAGGCCUCCAUCUAAUAUGGGAGUUGCCAUUCCACUUGCAGAUAAUUUUUAUAAUGUAGAUCCUAGCAAACCCAUACCAAGAAAUCUAUUUCACAAGUCAAAGAAUUCUGGUAAAUUCAAACAGUGUGCUAAUAAAUCUACUCGGGAGCAGUGUAAUUGCACAACUUACCAGAAGUUUUCAUACUCUGUUACUUUCUCAGAUUGCAGAGAAAAGGUUCCUCGUUUUAAGUUUCCCGUUAUGCAUUAUCCAAUUUCUUUGGAAAUUCACAAUGGUUAUGGAAAUAUCCCAGUGGAAACACCAUAUCUGGUUACUGUGGUGGAAGUGAAUGGGAGGAAACUCUGGGAAAUCAAAGACAUUGUAACAGAAAAUGUAAAGAGGCUGCAAAAUUACUUACAAUCUAUUCUUCGUAUUCCAGUAUAUAAUCCUUCCGGCCUCAAUUUAAGCAUAAAGGGCUCCGAGCUUUUUCACUUCAGAGUGUCCGUUGUUCCAGGAGUCACCUUUUGUAACUUAGUUGAAGAAUUUCAGAUUUACGUCGAUGAGGUACCACUGCAAUUCCCAGGACACACUCUUAUUGCCAUCACCACCGCUGUGGUCCUAGGGGGCUUCAUUUUUAUAGUAUUUAUGUUUCAAAUUCAUAACAUAAGCCUGGGCAAAAGAUACCAAAAAUUCAUUAUAAGAAACAAAGUGAAUUAA